UUCUUUACAACAAAUUAAAGGAAAAAGAGAAGAAGAAAAAAACCCAUUGUUUUUAGUUUCAUUAAAGAGAGAAAAAGAUCCAGUAAGGGCUGCCAUCUGCGAUGGCCGGUCUUCAAAGAUCUGCAGUUUCUUUUAGAAGGCAAGGGUCUUCAGGGAUUGUUUGGGACGACAAGUUUUUAUCGGAGUUAAGCCAAAUGAAACCAGAACAACAAGAAGGAGAGACCAAGCAAGAAGAACAAGGGCCGGCGCAAGACAAGGAUAACAAUAACCCAGAAAAAAUCGAUGUCGUUAAGGAUAGUAAGCCGACAAUUGCUCCCAUCAACACCACCGUCGAAAGAAGCCGAUCUAAUGGCGGUGAAAGACGAGGUUACCGUACUGGUAAGGUGUGCCCUGCUAUUGACCCGCCUUCUCCAAAGGUUUCAGCUUGCGGUUUCUGCAGUGCUUUUGGGAAACAAAGCAAGAAAAAUGGUAGGAAAAAGCCUGGUAAGCGUAGAUCAAGAUAGUUUUUU